AUGAGGUUCGGAAUCAUCUCUACUCUUUUCCCCUGCCUAGCACUCGCGGGCAAGGGCACACCUCCCCCAGGAGUGACCGCCAACAAUCUGACCGAAGGCUCACUCGGAGUCAUGUCAGCUCCAUCCUUCGUGCUUUUCGCCUCUCCUGAUGGAACAGCACCACCAAUUGGCCAGUCAGACAAGGAGGAGCUCGAAAACGCAGUGAAGAGUAGCUACCUGGACAAAUUCCCAAGCACGCUCGAUCCAGUCUGGUUCUCGACUGGCAUCAGCGCAACCAGAAAGCGGACAUCUGAUGGCUACAAUGAAUAUGACGUUCAAAUUCCGAAUCUUGGGACAUGCCAUCCUCGACUUUCCAGCGUGGUUCCCAUUGCUGAGGGCAUUUUCUGCAGCUCAACUUCGACCGGGUGUAGCUACGCACGACAGGUCACGCUCUCUCAGACGUACUCCACGACGGCUGGCUUGAAAGUCGGCGCUUCCGUGACGGUUGGGGGAUCGUGGAUAGUCAGUGUGGAGAUAAGUAUUACUACCGAAGCAUCGUGGGAAGAGACUUGGUCGUCUGGAUCGUCUGAGUCAAACACCUACACGUUUAACCUCGCCCCUGGCGGAAGUUGUAUACCGAGCAUGAUCCAUGUGGAGCUAGAAUGUGACGUUGCCCAAGGGACGUAUUGGCAUGAUACCACAAUGCCUUCGCUAGCGGAAGCAAUCAUCACGGGUCUCCUACUCGAAUUCGAUAAAAACAGACAUGAAUCAGCGGCGCCCUACGGUAGGGAAGGUGUAGGGUCCGGCUUGCAGUACUGUCGCUAUCAACCUAUGGAUAUCAAGGUCUUGGAAGCUCCAGCGUAUAGGCCGGAGCUCUGGAAGUCACUGAUCAAUGACGCGGACACCAGUCGUGGGAUGGCUUACAUUGGCAAUCCCGCAGAUCUGAAUUCUUUCCGCGUGCCGGACCCGAACCAUCCAAGCCUGAAUAAAAACUUCGACGAAGAUGAAUUGAUUUUUUCGCGGCCAGGGGGAAUAGCUGAUGUUGCAACACAACAGCCCCGGUUCUUGCGCUGCAAGCCUGCUCGACCCAAGUCAAAGAGUGGGAAAAUGCUCGUUCCGAUGAAAGGACAAGGUGGAAUUGUUCAGGGGUACAUCGGCUGUAUCUAA